CUCUCAUGCGCGCAGCCGAUGCUGCUGGCGUGUUGCGGGCUAUCCUCAGAAGGGUCCGCCGAUCAUAGUAACAACAGUAGGCAUAGAAGAAUAGAUAACGUCGUGUUCAAUGCCUUGUAAUGCUGCCAAUCGUACUGUGGGUUAAGUCAGCGAAGUCCAACUGCGCUUCCAAAGAAGCCUUGGUCACGGCCGGUGCGGCUGAUCAUCUGAGACCUGGGUAUUGUUGUCGUCAUCAAGGGAUAGAAGUAAGUUCGCACUCGGCGUUGAAGGACUACGAUGUUCUCAAGCAAGGAGGAGGCUGUGGGUGUGGGUGGUAGAUGGCAUGUCUCGGCCGCACCAUCUACCCCAUCGGCCCCGCGAGCAAGGAUUAGCUUUGUG